CACCAUUUAGCCGUCGUUGUAGUUUACAAAUAUUUUAAAGUCACGGUUAUGCCAUUUGGAACAAGCAAGCGAGAGUUUAAAGGGUUAAACUGAACCGGAAGCAGUUUCACAGUGUUACAUCCUGUGGAAUAAGGAUACACAUUUCAAAAGGUCCAUGGCUUGAUACUUUACGUUUAAAAUAUAUAUAUCUCCCAAAUGUGAGCAAAAUGAAUUACAUGCCAGGGACCGCGAGCCUCAUCGAGGACAUUGAUAAGAAACACCUUGUUCUCCUUCGCGACGGAAGAACUUUGAUUGGGAUCCUUAGAAGCAUAGAUCAGUUUGCUAAUUUAGUUUUGCAUCAAACGGUUGAACGUAUCCACGUAGGUAAGAAAUUUGGUGACAUACCUCGUGGGAUAUUUGUCGUCAGAGGAGAAAAUGUUGUCUUGCUUGGAGAAGUAGAUCUGGAUAAAGAAUGUGAUCAGAUCCUCCAGAGAGUUUCCAUUGAGGAGAUUCUGGAGGAGCAGCGGACAGAACAGCAAGCCAAGCAAGAGUCAGAGAGACUGAAGCUACAGGCGGUGAAAGAGCGAGGGCUAUCGAUCCCUAAAGCUGACACGUUAGAUGAUUUCUGAAACGACUUUGUUUAGUUCUUUUUGGAUGAUUUUAUUUCUGUUUUAUUGAAGGGGUUUUGUUUGGUUUGAGACGGCAUUGUCUUGACUCUGAAAUCAUUCUGUCUGAUGAUAGCGGAGUGAGUUUCACAAGAUUGUGACUUCCAGAUUUUGUUUCACUAGUUGUUGUAAAGGCAUGUUUUGAAAAUUGCCCACCAUCUUUGUUUCCUAUGUGGCUGAUGCCAUAGUAAAAUGAAGGAUGGAGCACCAAACUGAAGCACUUGGCCUGUUGGCUUUUAGUUUAAACUUUGUAAGCAACAAUAAUGGUAUACAAGAAAAGAAGUUUAUUUCAGUGUUCACUAUGUUAUGGAUAUGAUGCUAUGGUUAUUAAGUUGGUAUAGUAUGUAAAACACAUGAAACAACACUGAAAAUAUUUUUGUUCUAUUAAACCUAUUUUAUACUGAUGGCAAUCUUGGCAAUCUCUGGCAAUUUUGAUUAAUUGUUUCACUUUACUUGCCGCUGAGAAACCACAUUUGAUUUUGAUGUAAAAUGAUUUUUGAUGAUUAAUUGCCAAAAGUGUUCUUAGAAGCCAUUCAACACAGGUUUUUUUAAAGGAAAAGUGUGUAGUUUUAAGAGUGUUUUUAAUCUAGAUGUUUGAUUAGAACACAGAGAACACGUCUAUUAUUAUAAAAGAUAUAACAACAAUUUAAGUCUUCCAUACCAGU